AUGAGGAUCUUUGUUUUCCUGGUUAUCUUGGCUCUACACAGCGCAGCAGGAGUGACUCACUCUCUGAAGUAUAUCUUCACUGCGUCCUCUCAAGUCCCAAACUUCCCAGAGUUUGUGGAUGUUGGGUUGCUCGAUGAUGUUCCGAUAAGUUACUAUGACAGCAACACGGAGAGAAAAGUACCCAAACAGGACUGGAUGAAGAGAGUCACAGAAGAUUAUCCACAGUACUGGGAGAGUGGGACUGAUGUCCUUAAGGGUUUCCAGCAGUCCUUCAAAGCCAGCAUUGAAACUAUAAAGCAGCGCUUCAACCAAACUGGAGGUGUCCACAUUUUCCAGCACAUGUACGGCUGUGAAUGGGACGAUGAGACUGGAGAGGUUAAUGGAUUUUAUCAGCAUGGUUAUAAUGGAGAAGACUUCAUAUCAUUUGACCUGAGAACAGAGACAUGGAUCGCUCCAAAACAACAAGCUUUCGACACCAAAAUGAAGUGGGACAAUAACAAAGCUUGGAUCGCACAGACAAAGAACUAUCUCUCCCAGAUUUGUCCUGACUGGCUGAAGAAGUAUCUGAACUAUGGGAGGAGCUCUCUGAUGAGAAAAGGUAGAAUCACAUGA